CCCGCAGCACAGGUGUGAUCCCUGUGCUCUUCCCCCGUCUCUCUUAUUUACAUCAACACAUAACAUAAGGCAGAAAAACCGAUCCGAAGCAACAGAUUGCCAAGCUAAACACAUUUGUAACCCUGGAAAAUGAAGGUGCCAGAGGAGGAAUUAAUGAGCGAUAUACUGAAGCGGUUAACGGGCGAGUCUGCGCUCCCUGUAUACAGCAACAUUGAAAAGUUCAAACGAGGAAAGAACGGCCUGUACUUUGUCGCCGAAGACUUCAAUGAAACUGUGAAAAAAAGAGAAUUGGUCAACGCCAAGGAACGACUGAGAAUCAGGAACUUGAACACCAUGUUCUCCCGGCUCAAACGGAUGGUGCCACUGAUGCGACCUGACCGGAAACCCAGCAAAGUGGAUACACUUAAAGCUGCGACGGAAUACAUUCGAUUGCUUGUAGCAGUUCUGCAGGACACUGACAGUGAUGAUGGCAGUGGGACUGAUUUCCUAAAGAAUGCAAUCACUUAUGGACAAACUGAAGGCUUGAGCAACGACCUAUGGAGAGUGGAUGACUUGCUGAACAUGUCAGAUGAGCGCAUGGAGGAUGCAUUUACUAUGUCUCCAGAACCAGUGACAGAGGACGGGGAUAUGACCAGACUGGUGUUGCAACAUUGUGUGAUGCCUGCAUACCAGUUCAUCAUCCAAGUAGCACCUGAUCAGACUUCGAUGUCUCAUCCCUUUUGAGUGGUGUUCAGAGCAGAUGGCUUGGACCAGUAUUGGAAACCUGCCAGGUUGUUUUAUUUUAAAUACAUAAAUAUCAAAUCAGUUAUCUGAAAUACAGGGCAAAUCUAGAUUACUAAAAGUUGGAACUUUUUUCUGGUAAACCUUUAGUAGUUUAGUAAACUUUUAAAACACUGCAGGGUGUAAAUGAGUAUGUCAAAAACAAAUACAAUAUCAGGAAGCCUAUAAUAAUGUGAUUUUUAUUUAUUUAUUAAUUGUAGUAGUAUUAGUACCAGAUCCAAAUAUGAACAUUGAUCCAAAAGUAUACAAAUGUUGCCCCCAUGUGGUCUGAAAGAUGAUUUCAUUUUGAUGAUGAAAUUUUCAAUUGGCAAUCAGUACAAAAUAAUCACAGGCCUUCCUCACAGAAGACAUGUGACAACAGGAAAAGCACACAUGUAAAUGAUAAAAUUAAUUGUAAUUGUAUAUACAUUGUAUGUACAUAAACCUCAGGAUAGGAAGUUCUUUUUAAAAUACAAAAAUUUGAAAUCAUUGGUUAUCUUUAUUGGUACCGGGCAUGAGAAGCAGGUGAUUAUCGGUCAUAUCAGCUGAAGACAAAUCCAUAGUGUGCAUCCCUAAAAUGGUUGAUGUCUGAGUUACAUGUCGCUGCCUCAGUUUCAGGUUCCUGCUGCUGUUCAUGCUGGUUCACUGUCACACUGCCAUGACUUCCUGGGACACUUGAAUAGAACAGAUCCCGUUUUAAUGUUGAUAGUAACAACUGUGCUUUCCCUGCGGUAACAAGUCAAAAUAUGUGCUGUGAUAUUGUUUCAUUGCAGUGGGCUAGCUCGUUCAGUUUCCCAACCAGAGUUAAUGUUAGUGUGCUAAUGGUACUAUUCAUUACUGUUUAGUGUUAAGGCCUGGUAUCUUCUGCCACCACCACUACACUGACACUGUACAGGUCCACACACUAGCACACGCCUUCAGUUAUUCUGGAUGAUUAAACCUCUGCUCAGUUUGAAAUUAGGUGUGACUGGUACUGUAUUGUACUUGCAUAUUAUUUUUUUUAUUUUGGAGCAUAGUAGAAAAUAACAUUUUUAGAGUAGUUCUUCACAUUGAUUUGAAAUACAUUGUUACAGUGCCCUCUUCUGGUUGAAUGUUUCAAGUUUGCUGCACCCAACAUCACUGUAAGUGGGAUCUGUUGCACCUGUAACUAGAGCUGCAACGAUUAGUUGAUUAAUCAGUUAGUUUUCAAUGAUUAACAUAAUCACCAAAUAGUUUGAUAAUUGAUUAAUUGUUUUUAGUCAUUUUUAAAAAAGAAAUGUCCAAAUUAUUAUAUGAAAAUUAAAUAAAUUUCCGCUUCUCAAAUGAGAAUAUUGUCUGGUUUCUUUAGUCCUCUAUGACAGUAAACUGAAUAUUUUGGGACAUUUGAGGAUGUCACUGUGGGCUUUGGGAAACCAUGAUCAACAUUUUUCAUUUUAUUGACCAAAUUACUAAUUAAUUA